CACACGGGGCGGCCAUCGCAGCCCUGCGCCGUCACGCGAACAGGCGACUGGAGACGAAAUUCGCCUACCUCCAGCGGAACCGAAAAGCGGCGGAUCGAUGCAUGGACGGAUAUCGAGCACACGGGGCGGCCAUCGCAGCCCUGCGCCGUCACGCGAACAGGCGACUGGAGACGAAAUUUCGCCUACCUCCAGCGGAACCGAAAAGCGGCGGAUCGAUGCAUGGACGGAUAUCGAGCACACGGGGCGGCCAUCGCAGCCCUGCGCCGUCACGCGAACAGGCGACUGGAGACGAAAUUUCGCCUACCUCCAGCGGCAUCCACCAACCACCAAGCCAAGUCUCGAUCAAGUCGUGCGGAAUUGCAAAGAACCAAGCAUUUCCUUUGGGUGUGCUAAGGGAGAGGAUUGGAGUAUAUACACCAAAAUGUCUUCUCUUAUUCAGUUAAAACAAUAUUGGCUCGAGUGGCAGCCUACGGACCCGGCAAACAUUAUCGAAUCCCUCAGUGCGGACACCAGCGGAUUGAACGUUAUUCCAUGCAUUCGGUCCCGAUCAGAUUGUAAAUGAGACCAGGCUUUUAUCAGCUCACAGAAUAACAAGAAGGAAGCAUCCAAACAAAUUCAUUUGUAACAUGGUGGAUAACAAAGUCCCUCCUUGAAAACCUACUUCAGUCAUUUGACGAUUAAAAGUCCAGCGAGAAAUGAAGUGAAAGGCGAUUUGAAAACCACGAGAUUGUUUUUGCCAAUGUUUUGAUCUGAGGGUUUAAAGAACCACUUUUACAAUAUUGGAGAUAUGUAGUGGAAUAAAUGCCUGGAAAGACAAUUAUUGUCUGACAAUAUAAACUAUAAAUUGAAACCGGAAUGCAAUGAUAAGAAAGGGAAAUAUGGAAUAAAUGCCUGGAAAUACAAUAUAAACUAUAAGUUUAAACUGGAAUGCAAUGAUAAGAAAGGGAAAUAAACUAUUGCUAAGUCUAAAGAACCACUGAAGCUGAAGAAUUGAGAUACAACAAUCUUUGACUGACUUUAGGUGUAAGACUUUCGCCCAGCUAUUGUAGACCGCAUGGAAUCGAUUCAAGUCCUUUAAAAAUUUGUGAAUCAAGAUGAGAAUGAACUUAGUGAAUCUGUAAUUGCUGCUAUAUGUUUUGGCUAAAAUAU